UAACAAGCAUUUUUUAUUUUGAUAUGGUGUUUUAUAUUUAUUUAUGUAUCAUGUCGCCGCUUGGUAUUUAUUGCGCGAAGUUUUGUUUGUUUUUGUGAUUCUUGUGUGUAGUCAAUCAAAUCAACGAAAGGAAAAUACAUAAUUAUGUUAAUUUAGUGUACAGUAUCCUCUUUGGAGUUAUCAAAAUGCCUUAUUAUUGCACUGUGCCCCGGUGCACUUCUAUGGCUGGAAAAGCUAAAAAUGUAUCUUUUCAUCAGUUCCCAAGAGACGAAACAUUAGCUAAAUUAUGGAACGAAAUACUAAAAAGAGGCAAGCCGUACACAAAAUACUCGAAAGUGUGCAGUUUGCACUUUAAACCAGAAGACUAUACAAUCACAAGUGUGGGAAAGAAUAAAGGUCAAUGGAGAACAUUACGUAAAGAUGCAAUCCCAUCACAAAACCUACCAUCAGAAUCGCCUGUGCCCUGCCAAAGGACUAGAUCCUCUGGUUCAUGGAUAUCUAACAGUCUACCAACAAAUGUAUUAGACAGUCAGAUUCAUCAACAGAUGGCACAAGCCAUCUAUGUGCAGACGAUGCUCGCACUUCAGGCUGCUUCUACCACAGAUAAUUACAACAUGAGUACUUGUAAUGGUGUUCAAGGAAAUACAGAUGAAUCGACGUCCUCGAAAUCAUCUGCCAUUGAGCAAAUUCUAAACACACAAACAGUUGAUAAUAUUCCACCUGAUAACAAAUUAGAAACAAAAUUUGAGAGCAACUCUUACAAAUGCACUGAAUGUUUGAAGUGCUUUAAAGAUCCUGAUGUAUUUAUAUUACACAGACGGAUACACGCAAAAAAUAUGGAUAAGUUAGUAAGUACGAGUGCAAGUGAGAAAGAAAACUUAAACACCAAUGGGGAUGUGAAACAGGAAAUGUUGAAAGCUAACCCAAUACUAGCAAAUCUAUUGCAAAGUGGUGUAACACAAGAAAGUCAUCCUAAUGACACAGUAUAUGAUACCAAUAAUAUAGUUAGUAUAGAAAACCAUAUAAUGACUGCAUUGGCUGUAAAUAUGGAAAAUUACAUUAGAAGUUUAUCAUCAGGUAUGAAUACGAGUACAAGACUGAAUAGCGGGUCUGAUGAAGAGGAUAGUCCCAAUUUGACAGAUUUCCAACAUUCCACAGAUCAAGAUCAAGAAUGUGAUUCUGAUAUAAAUGAUUCUGCAGACUCCAAUAGCUUGGUUAUAGAGGAAAAUGCGUGAGUUUCUUACACUGUAAUGUGUAUAACAGUAGUAAUCCAACAAUAGUGUAUAAGUAAACUGAAUAAUGACCACCAAGUCGCAUAUGUAGAAAAAUUAUAUACAAAAUAGAAUCCUUUAUAAGAUUGUCAUCUUAAUGAUGUCUUUAAAUUUUAAUUAUAUAAUUCAAAGUCAUGAUUAAGCUAAAUUUUUUCCAUUAUCAUGAUUGUAUGAUCAACUAUUGAGUUGAGGAGGAGUACUUAUGCAUACCUACCUUUUUAGUGAGUGUAUUAAAUAAAUCACGCAACUGUGCAGCUUGUUAUCUGUAUAUUUUUAUUACGACUUAUUGUCAUGUUGGAUUUCAGAUUGUUAUACACUUUCUGAUCUUCAUUUACACUGUGUAAUAAUUUAGUUAUGUGUAAAUAUAUAGUUAAUAUAAAUACAUGAAGGUAUUUACCAGUCGCAUAGCCAACUGAUUCUCUUCUCGCCUUAUGCCUCAAGAACAGAACAGAAUCGGUGGAUGUGUAGUUAGGAAUGAGCUCUGAAUGUUUGAAACAAGAAAUAGACAAAUGAUACCAAGUCCUAAGUUCAGUUUUGAUCACUUGAUAUGUAUUAAAGUUCCUAAAUAAAGUUAAUAUUGCUUAUUGUACUUUAAUAAACGAUUUCCAUUGUUGUACAUAGAGAUAUAGCCUGUAUCAGCUUGCAGUUAAGAGUAUUUUGUUCAAUUAUUAGUUAAUAUUUUAUGUCUGUUUUGUGUUUUUUACAUUCAGAGAAAAGCUUCUAUUCGGUGCCUCCCAAUAUGUAUUUUGUUUUUUAUAUAUAUUUGGUAAUAACCAUUGCGGAUUAACAACGGAAUUGUAACAAUAGUUUAUUUAGGAUUUAAGAGAUUGAACUUAAAAAUUCUCACCUGUGAUGGUGAGAAUUUUGUAUGAAUUUGUACUUCUGUUAGAAUUUGUUUUAUUUGUAAGUAAUUUCACAUUAUUCAUAUAAAGGCCGUCUUUCAAUCUGUAAUUUGUACUGUACUCAACUAAAAUUGCUAAUUGUAGUUAUUAAAGUAUUGAUUUAUUUUUUCUUAGUGGCGAACCUCAUUUUUUUUAUUUAUUUUUAAAUAACAUAAGGCCCCAUGGUAUUUGCCAUAAUUUAGUUUUAGGCAAAACUUGAAACCAAAAUAUUCAUGAACUGAACAUGUUUAAAAUAUAUAGUUUGAAAACUUUUAUAUUAAAUCAAACUAAUGGAAUAAUAUAAAUACUAAACUCUCGGUCACGGUAUUGUAUAAAUUGAAUAAACUCGCCAUGGUAAGGCUGAAAGCCUAUUUUAAUAUU